AUGAACGUCAUUAACAUUCAUAAUUUUGCAAUUUUCAGUCAGCAGAGGGUUCUCGGCUACCGGGGAAGGUUCGAGGAUUUGGAGAUCGAGCAGAAGCUGGACGUGUACGCAGCCAUACUCGAACGGUCCGGCAGAAUGAGAAUCCUUUCCGGCCAGUCGGAGGAGCUGGCAGAUUUCUCCGAAGAGGAUCUGAAGUGCCCCGGCGGCCAGUGGGACUUAAACACCGCCGUGAAGCCCUCCGUCGAACUUUACUCCUCGAGAAGAAGGCUGAGACUAAAAUCGGCAGCCAUGUUCUUCAAGGACAUGUGUACCAUUAUUUGGGACAUCUACUCGUCAGACCACACGAUUCAAACGGUCACGAGGGACGCCUUGGUUACUGCGGCGGAGAAGGGAGGAGCGGCGCUCGGGAAGCUGGUGGCGGUGGCGAUUGCCACCAGGUUGACCGGCCAAGCGGCCACGACCCUUUUCAUAACGGCGGUCGGGCUUGUCGGGGGUUUCGUGGGGGCUUUUAUACUCGGAGCCGUCGCCGGUUUAUUGUUCGACCUUAUAUUUAGCAGCGGCGGGCAGGCGCCGUUGCCGACCGACGGGUUUAUUGUGUACGUGGCGCCAAUGCCCGACGGUCGCCGGCUCGCCAGGCAGAUUGCUUGA